CCAGUUUUGUAAUGUGGUGCGACAAGUUUGUUGAGGUUUUCAGCUGAGCCGAGGUGAGCUCUUGUGGUUUUCCUUCACUUCCUGCACAUCAAGCGCAAAGCAGCAAUAAUAUUGACGUGUUUUUUGCUGCGAGGAAGUCUAAAAACACAAUCAGGAAGUGCUCUUAGAUGCCUUCACUUGUGAGGCGGAUUAAUGCACUGUAGCUCGCCUGAGAGUGCGUUGGUUGCUUGUAAAGUGAGACCCACAAAGACCAUGACUAACCGAGUUGAGGAACAUCUCCAAUGUCCAUCCUGUUCGGACAUCCAUGAAGAUCCCGUCAUGCUGCCGUGUAGUCACAGCUUCUGUCGUGCGUGUGUGCAGCAGUGGUGGGAGCAGAAAGAAGAGCGAACGUGUCCACUCUGUAGAAAAAGGUGUAAUUUGAUGGAUCUACGUCCAAAUUUGUAUGAGGCCUUUUCACAAGCUUCAGUGGAGUCCGAGUACAUUUGCAGCUUACAAAAGGAGAAACUGAAACUUUUCUGUUUGGACCACCAAGAGCUUGUGUGCCCCAUCUGCAGAGAUGCUGAAAUUCAUACUGGCCAUGAGUUCAGUCUCCUUGAAGAAAUUGUCACAGGUAACAAAGAGAAAGUCCAGGAAAUCCUGCAGGAUGCAAAGAAAAGACUGGAAGAAUACAAUGAGAUAAUGGAUGAGUGUAAUGAACAGGGGACAUACAUCAAGGUCCAGAGGCAGCAGGUGGAACGCAAGAUUAAGAAGGAUUUUGAGGAGCUUUGUCACCUACUGCAGGUGGAGAAGGAGGCCAGGUUGUCUGUUGAGAGGGAGGAAGAGCAGGAGAAGAGUUGCAGGAUGAAGAAGAAGAUUGAGGCUCUCAGCAAAGAAAGAGACGCUCUCUCAGAUGCCAUCAGAAGCACAGAGGAGCAGGUGACAUCUGACCCUGUUUCCUUCAUAAAGAACUUCCAGACUGCAAUGACCAGAAUUCAGAAGCUCCCCGAGAAGCCCGAGCUGUUCCCAGGAACUCUUCUGGACAAAGCCAAACAUGUGGGCAACCUCAAGUUCGCAGUGUGGGAACGAAUGAAAGAGAUGGUCUUCUACAGUCCUGUCAUUUUGGACCCAAACACUGCCGGGCCAAGACUCACUCUGUCUGAAGAUCUGACCAGUGUGAGUUGUCAAGAAGGACAGCAACGUCCAAACAAUCCAGAGCGGUUGACCUGGUAUUGUGUGCUCGGUUCUGUUUUGGGCUUUGGAACACACACCUGGGAUGUGGAGGUGGGGCACAACAGAGACUGGAGAGUGGGGGUGAUGUGGGGGGACCCUUGUGUGCCUUACAGGAAAGAAUGCAGCAUUGAAAUUCUUGAUGGUACCUACAGGAAGUUUGGUGCCCAAUCUGAAUCCUUCUUUUCGUCAGUGAAGCCGCAGAGGAUCCGAGUUCAAUUAAAAAUGAAUGAAAGAUCAGUUUCAUUCUCUGAAUCCAGUAAAAACACUCAAUUGUGGAAAUCAUAUCCUUCCAAUUGGCUAUGUUUGUCCGACAACAUACACAUUUUUCCUUUCUUUAGGACAGUUGAUAAAAUUCCUCUGCAAAUAAUUCCACUUGACCCUCGGGUUACGACUCAGUAAAUGAUUUUGGGGAUGUUAUGGUCACGGGUACGGAGUGUGGAAAUGGCGCAGAGCGACCAAGUGCAGCUUGGACCAGGGUUUAUUGACGAACACAAACUAACAUAACUCACUAACAAAACCAACAACAGGACUGACCGAGACGUGAAACAAAAAGACAGGGUGACUGUCAGGUUUUAUUCACUGACUGAAUAACUGUUAAGAGAAAAGCAUCAGCAGACAAACCACAAGUGAGACAGAAUAUUGAGUCUUAGCUUGCGCAAGGAGUGCAGUACAGACAGCUUACAAUGACCGAACUACACUAAUGUCUGUCUGCAUCCUUGCUCUUUUUAUUUGGACUUGCCCUACCCACAAAGUGAAACAGAAGCCACUAAGGGAAAAAAGGGGAAGCGCGAAGGCUCUGCUUCGUAAACGUAAAAAACGGCAGGUGAUAUACUUAUAUGGCGAUAUAGGAAGAGGCAUUAAGAGUUCAGCAAGUUCAGCAACCACUUGGGCAGGAAACCAGGGGCGCUCUUAGCGCUCGGUCUGUCGAGAGUGUGAGCCACUCGACCAAGAAAGAUGAUUGAUAGACACAAUGCCGUUGCAGGGCAUGGUUUUCUCUGCAGCUGCAUCCCGCCGACCCAGAUGUAACCUCACACCUUUUCUGUGGUAAAACAUAAGAACAGCAAAGCAGAGCAGCAAGCACAUAUUCGCAGUAAUAUUGCGGUAAAGCAUUCGUUGUAAUAUUGAAAUAAAGAAAUAAAAAGCGAACGCAUGAUAACAUAUAUAUACAUUUUUCCAACAGUGACAUUACCAAAAACAGGAACCAAAAAGACAUCAUGACAUUAACACACAUCAUCAUCAAUGAUCCGACAGGGAGUGACACACAGACAGAGGCAGAGUAACAAGAGGCAGGUGAGAAUGAUCACACUAAUCAUGGGCACACAAGAGGGGAGGGGCGAGCACACAGACAGAAACCACGGACAUGAGCACACAGGAGGGUAGGGGCGAGCACACAGACAUGAUUGGGGACGAGUCGUGACAGAACCCCCCCCCCCCCCCCACGACGGCACGCGGGGGGGCAGCGCACCAGUCCAGACGACCCUACUGGUCCUUGAAAUAGCCUGAACUGUGCACGGCGGCGACUGGGGAAACAACCGCACUCGGCGGCGACUUGGGGGACAGAACUGCACUCAGCGGCGUUCAGGAGCCCAGGGCCACACUCGCGGCACACACUGGGGACCUGAACCGCAAUCGGCAGCAACUUGGGGGACAGAACUGCACUCUGCGGCGUUCAGGAGCCCAGGGCCACAAUCGCGGCACGCACUGGGGACCUGAACCACAAUCUGCAGAAACUUGGGGGACAGAACCGCACUCGGGAGGCAACUUGGGGCACAUAACCGCACUCGGGCGGCAACUUGGGGCACAGAACCGCACUCGGGCGGCAACUUGGGGCACAGAACCGCACUCGGGCGGCAACUUGGGGGACAGAACCACACUCGGGCGGCAACUUGGGGAACCGAACCGCACUCGGGCGACAACUUGGGGAACCGAACCGCACUCGGGCGGCAACUUGGGGAACCGAACCGCACUCGGGCGGCAACUUAGGGAACCGAACCGCACUCGGCCGGCAACUUGGGGAACCGAACCGCAAUCGGGCGGCAUAAAAAGUAAUCGCCGCAAUCGGCGGCAUUUGAAAGUCCAGACCGCGAUCAGCGGCAUUCGGAAGGUGGAGCUGUGGCGGCAGCAAGAACCACCACGUGCCGCAGCAGUGGGAGCAGGGUCUGUGACAAUCGCGGGUCCGGCAUUGUUGCACUCCGAUGGCGGCCACGGGUCUGGCGUCGCGGCAGCGUAGUCCGAUGAUUGCCGCGGAGCUGAUGGAGCCGGGACGCACUCCGAUGGGCGGCCGCGGGUCCCGCGUUGCGGCAGCGAAGUCCGAUGACCGCCGCGGAGCCGAUGGCGCCGGGACGCACUCCGAUGGCGGCCGCGAGUCCGGCGUCGCUGGAGCAAAGUCCCGAUGGCGGCCGUGGAGCCGGUGUCGCUGGAGCGAAGUCCGCUGGCGACAGCGGAGCCGAUCGCGCUGGAACAUGCUCGGACGACGAAUGUGGCUCGGGCGUCGCAGACGGGAGCUGGUGGUGGAGGAAGGUCCAAGCGCUGGUCGCUGUAGUGGUCGGAUCAUUCUGUCACGAUUCGGGAGUGUGGAAAUGGAGCAGGGCGACCAAGCGCAGCUUGGACCAGGGUUUAUUGACACAAACUCAAAAGACUCGGCAAACUGACAUGACUUACUAACAAAACCCACAGGACUGACCGUAAAAGACGUGGAACAAAAAGACAGGGUGACAUUACCAAAGACAGGAACAGGAACCAAACAGACAUGACAGUAACACAUGCAAUGAUCCGACGGUGAGUGAGGGGCAGACAGGACUUAAAUACAAAACACGAAACACGAGGCAGGUGACCGUGGUUACAUUGAUUGAGGUGACACAGGAAGGGAGGGGCGACGCGAACAGAAACUAUGGCAACCUAGACACAUAGCAAAACUGGGGACGAGACAUGACAGACAAGACCUCUUUACCACCCACUGCUCCCCUGGAUAUGACACGUCUUGAUAAUAGUCUUUUUUUUUCAAAUGUAUUUAGAUGAAGGAAAAACGCUGUGUCUUUUCAAAUGCCAUUUGAUUGAAAUCUUCCCUCAGAGAAAUCUGCCUGGGCAUAUUUCCACUGAGACCCCCCACAGCCAUCCUAUGCCUGGAAGGGCAUCCCCACCCUUACACACCCUCAAGACACCGCCACCUUUCAACUUUGGCUGCCACAGACUUCAUACCUUCAGACUACUGUUUCUAACUAACAAGUCUCAAAUGGCAUCACAUGGGCAAACUUUUCUCAACAUCCCCUUAUCUUAACUACCGGGAGGCAAAGAAAAACUCACAAUACCCCAACUGGGCAAAAAUGAGAAACCUUGAAAAGAGACCACAGAUAGGAGAAUCCCCCUUCCAGGAUGACCAGGCUGCAAUGGAUGCAUAGAUGGCAACAUUGAACAUAUAAUGUAAAACAAUCCACAGAAAAAGUGGAUGUCCAUUGUUGAAUUUUGUCCACAGUUUAGGGAGCGCCUCACGGCAAAAGCCAUUGCCAAUCACCUAUUAUCCAAUUUACUCACUGCGUGGUCGUUUGAUUUCUUCAGAUUUAGGAAAAUGCUAAGACACUGAAGCAGAAAUUAGACUUACACAGGUUGGUUGAGUUCAAUCACAAUUCUUGUUAAGAAAGCUCUGUUUUCAGGAAAGUACAAUACAGCGCUGGGCCUUUCGUGCGACCAUGCUCAAGAGCAGAAAGUCUCCAUUCCAAAAAGGCAACGUUCAAGGUUCUUUGGUCAGCUUAUAUUCAGUUGCACAUGCCGGUGUGGGCCGAGUUUGAUGGGUGAUGAGUCUUUGGGAUGGGGCAAAUUCGCAGGAGAUUUUGAUUCCAUGGGAGUGGGUGCUGGUUCGGUGAGAGCUGGUUUCGUGGGGAUGGGUGCUGAUUAUGGGCGAUUCGGUGUGUGGGGGGGCUGUUGUCUUCCAUCCCGUCUUUCGGCCUUGGCGAUAAUCUUUGGCCGGGUUCUUGGCUGUCUCCCUCUGGCACCUGCUGGUUUUAUCUCCAAGUGAUUUUCCUGUAAACAUUCUGCUCCAUUCUUGCACAUACACUGUCGCACCUCAUCCAUUCGUCAUUCUUUCAAUUUUGUCAUUUUGUACGGAAUUAUGUGAGCUUUUGGCUGUGACAUCAUCAAUUUAUUAAUGUUCCCUGACUAUGCAAAGUUUGUACUCACCACUUACCAUGUUUUUGUUUGUUUGUUCUUUUGAUACUCCAUGUACUUGCUUACGUCAUCAUAUUCUUAGUUUAA